CGCAACUCUGAUUGCCCUAAACACCACACUGCCCUUGAUAUUCUUCUGAAACUUCCUCCUUGCGGGCCGCUAUAUAUGUAAGCACCUAGCGUGAUAGUUCACUCUUUAUCUCAAGUUCAUAUUGAGUUAACACGUGGCGUUAAAAUGCUACUUACCGCUUUAUCGAGUCGGGUCAAGCUCAUUUCGGGAUGUUCGUUGGCGUUUACCGCCGCUCGGAUGUAUUCUACUGCCCCGGCAGCCACUAACCCCUGUUGUCUACUUUGACAUUGCUGCAGACAACCAGUCUCUCGGAAGAGUAACCUUCGAGGUGAGUUCAGUUGUCUUGACUAGGAACUUGAUCCGAGGGUUACGUAGCUAUACAAAUGUGCAUUCUGAUUGUUUUUUUGCCUCACCUUUUGAGAUAACGAGUAGUCUAGCCAUCGGUAUCACCAGUAGGCAACUUUACAACAUGCUGCAACUUGUGACCAAAACUCAGUUGGAGUUAAUGUUACAACAACACAAUGAAUUAACAUGCUGCAGGCAUGCAACUGACUAGGCUAUAUUUUACAUUUUAGUCAUUUAGCAGACGCUCUUAUCCAGAGCGACUUACAGGAACAAUUAGGGUUAAGUGCCUUGCUCAAGGGCACAUCGACAGAUUGUUAACCUUGUCGGCUCGGGGAUUAGAACCAGCGACCUUCCGGUUACUGGCACAACGCUCUUAACCACUAAGCUACCUGCCGCCCCUAUAUCAUAACCAAUGCUAUUUUUCAACUGACUGGACUAUAUCAUAACCAAUGUUAUUUUUCAACUGACUGGACUAUAUCAUAACCAAUGCUAUUUUUUUUAUUUUGCAGCUGAAUGCUGAUGUGGUGCCAAAAACUGCAGGUAUAGGGAAAACAACGAUUCAAAAUGCAAUAAUGUUACAUCAUACUUUGUAUUCAUAGACUACAUCCUGUUGUGAUGGGUAAACGAAACCUUUUUUUGUCCCUCUCAGAGAACUUCAGAGCCCUGUGCACAGGAGAACAUGGCUUUGGCUACAAGGGAUCCGUCUUCCACAGGGUCAUCCCUCAGUUUAUGUGCCAGGUAGGUCUGCUUACAUUUACAUUUUAGUCAUUUAGCAGACGCUCUUAUCCAGAGCGACUUACAGUUAGUGAAUACAUAUUUUUUUUAUACUGCCCCCCCGUGGGAAUCGAACCCACAACCCUGGCGUUGCAAACGCCAUGCUCUAUCAACUGAGCUACAUCCCUGCCGGCCAUUCCCUCCCCUACCCUGGACGACGCUGGGCCAAUUGUGCGCCGCCCAUGAGUCUCCCGGUCGCGGCCGGCUGCGACAGAGCCUGGAUUCGAACCAGGAUAUCUAGUGGCACAGUUAGCACUGCGAUGCAGUGCCUUAGACCACUGCGCCGGCCGCGACCGGGAGACUCAUGGGCGCCACUCAGGACAAUGAUGCUUAAUGACGGUUUAGGGUUAUAUCAUUAAGUGGCUUUUCUUUUGGUUUUUAAUUUAGGAAAUUAUACAUCCCAAUGAUCUUUUUACCAUUAUUGGGUUAAAGCAUGACAUUUCUUUCUCACACAUGCACGCCUGUCCCCGACCCCACCUAAAUGUGUGUCUAUUGAGCUCUAUAGGGGGGAGACUUUACCAAUCACAAUGGAACAGGAGGGAAGUCUAUCUAUGGAACCAAAUUUGAAGACGAGAACUUCAAGCUGAAGCACACAGGACCUGGUAAUUAUUCAUUCUGUCUGCUUAGAUGUCUUUGCAAAAAAAUAUUUGAAGUGGUCAUAUUUCCUCUGAACCUUAAGGUGGCAGCAUUGCACUGCCAAUAAUUAAAUGAGAGCCUAAAAGCAUAACGAACCCAAUGUGGUCUAGGAGGAUGAUAACCUAUUUCAUGGAGAGUCCAUGGAGAGCCACUUCUGGUGUUUUAGAUCAGGGCUGUCCAAUCCUGGUCCUGGAGGGCCACUUCUGGUGUUUUAGAUCAGGGCUGUCCAAUCCUGGUCCUGGAGAGCCACUUCUGGUGUUUUAGAUCAGGGCUGUCCAAUCCUGGUCCUGGAGAGCCACUUCUGGUUUUCAUCCUCUCCUUCUAAUCAGGGGCUGAUUCAGACCUGGGACCCCAGGUGAGUGCAAUUAACUACCAGGUAGAAACAAAAACCAGAAGUGUUUCGGCCCUCCAGGACCGGAAUUGAACAGCGCUGUUUUAGAUGGAUAACUAACUUAAUAUUGUCAUAGUAACCCUCCUGAAACUCGGCUUGUCUUCAGCUGUGCAGUACCUCCGCUAACUUGCCUGGCAUCACUUAGGGUCUAGGUACGUAAUGGAAUGCCUGGCAUCACUUAGGGUCUAGGUACGUAAUGGAAUGCCCGGCAUCACUUAGGGUCUAGGUACGUAAUGGAAUGCCUGGCAUCACUUAGGGUCUAGGUACGUAAUGGAAUGCCCGGCAUCACUUAGGGUCUAGGUACGUAAUGGAAUGCCUGGCAUCACUUAGGGUCUAGGUACGUAAUGGAAUGCCUGGCAUCACUUAGGGUCUAGGUACGUAAUGGAAUGCCUGGCAUCACUUAGGGUCUAGGUACGUAAUGGAAUGCCUGGCAUCACUUAGGGUCUAGGUACGUAAUGGAAUGCCUGGCAUCACUUAGGGUCUAGGUACGUAAUGGAAUGCCCGGCAUCACUUAGGGUCUAGGUACGUAAUGGAAUGCCCGGCAUCACUUAGGGUCUAGGUACGUAAUGGAAUGCCUGGCAUCACUUAGGGUCUAGGUACGUAAUGGAAUGCCUGGCAUCACUUAGGGUCUAGGUACGUAAUGGAAUGCCUGGCAUCACUUAGGGUCUAGGUAUGUAAUGGAAUGCCUGGCAUCACUUAGGGUCUAGGUACGUAAUGGAAUUCAUGGCAUCACUUAGGGUCUAGGUACGUAAUGUAAUGUGCUGUUUCUUUGUACAUUUAGGUAUUCUGUCAAUGGCCAACGCUGGGCCCAACACCAACGGCUCUCAGUUCUUCAUCUGCACCGACAAGACCGAGUGGUACGUACAGACAGACAGACCGACCUUUCAAGACAGUGUGGUACGUACAGACAGACAGACCUUUGAAGACAGUGUGGUACGUACAGACAGACAGACCUUUGAAGACAGUAUGGUACGUACAGACAGACAGACAGACCUUUGAAGACAGUGUGGUACGUACAGACAGACAGACAGACCUUUGAAGACAGUGUGGUACGUACAGACAGACAGACCUUUGAAGACAGUGUGGUACGUACAGACAGACAGACCUUUCAAGACAGUGUGGUACGUACAGACAGACAGACCUUUUCAAGACAGUGUGGUACGUACAGACACAGACCUUUUCAAGACAGUGUGGUACGUACAGACAGACAGACCUUUGAAGACAGUGUGGUACGUACAGACAGACCUUUGAAGACAGUGUGGUACGUACAGACAGACAGACAGACCUUUGAAGACAGUGUGGUACGUACAGAAAGACAGACAGACCUUUGAAGACAGUGUGGUACGUACAGACAGACCUUUGAAGACAGUGUGGUACGUACAGACAGACAGACAGACCUUUGAAGACAGUGUGGUACGUACAGAGAGACAGACAGACCUUUGAAGACAGUGUGGUACGUACAGACAGACCUUUCAAGACAGUGUGGUACUUACAGACAGACAGACCUUUGAAGACAGUGUGGUACGUACAGACAGACAGACCUUUCAAGACAGUGUGGUACGUACAGACAGACAGACACCUUUCAAGACAGUGUGGUACGUACAGACAGACCUUUUCAAGACAGUGUGGUACGUACAGACAGACAGACCUUUUCAAGACAGUGUGGUACGUGCAGACAGACAGACAGACCUUUCAAGACAGUGUGGUACGUACAGACAGACAGACAGACCUUUCAAGACAGUGUGGUACGUACAGACAGACAGACCUUUUCAAGACAGUGUGGUACGUACAGACAGACAGACCUUUUCAAGACAGUGUGGUAGGUACAGACAGACAUACCUUUUCAAGACAGUGUGGUACGUACAGACAGACAGACCUUUUCAAGACAGUGUGGUACGUACAGACAGACAGACCUUUUCAAGACAGUGUGGUAGGUACAGACAGACAUACCUUUUCAAGACAGUGUGGUACGUACAGACAGACAGACCUUUUCAAGACAGUGUGGUACGUACAGACAGACAGACCUUUGAAGACAGUGUGGUACGUACAGACAGACACAGACCUUUGAAGACAGUGUGGUACGUACAGACAGACAGACAGACCUUUGAAGACAGUGUGGUACGUACAGACAGACCUUUGAAGACAGUGUGGUACGUACAGACAGACAGACAGACCUUUGAAGACAGUGUGGUACGUACAGACAGACAGACAGACCUUUGAAGACAGUGUGGUACGUACAGAAAGACAGACAGACCUUUGAAGACAGUGUGGUACGUACAGACAGACCUUUGAAGACAGUGUGGUACGUACAGACAGACAGACCUUUGAAGACAGUGUUGUACGUACAGACAGACAGACCUUUGAAGACAGUGUGGUACGUACAGACAGACAGACCUUUCAAGACAGUGUGGUACGUACAGACAGACAGACCUUUCAAGACAGUGUGGUACGUACAGACAGACAGACACCUUUCAAGACAGUGUGGUACGUACAGACAGACCUUUUCAAGACAGUGUGGUACGUACAGACAGACAGACCUUUUCAAGACAGUGUGGUACGUGCAGACAGACAGACAGACCUUUCAAGACAGUGUGGUACGUACAGACAGACAGACAGACCUUUCAAGAUAGUGUGGUACGUACAGACAGACCUUUGAAGACAGUGUGGUACGUACAGACAGACAGACCUUUUCAAGACAGUGUGGUACGUACAGACAGACAGACCUUUCAAGACAGUGUGGUACGUACAGACAGACAGACAGACCUUUCAAGACAGUGUGGUACGUACAGACAGACAUACCUUUUCAAGACAGUGUGGUACGUACAGACAGACAGACCUUUUCAAGACAGUGUGGUACGUACAGACAGACAGACCUUUUCAAGACAGUGUGGUAGGUACAGACAGACAUACCUUUUCAAGACAGUGUGGUACGUACAGACAGACAGACCUUUUCAAGACAGUGUGGUACGUACAGACAGACAGACCUUUGAAGACAGUGUGGUACGUACAGACAGACACAGACCUUUGAAGACAGUGUGGUACGUACAGACAGACAGACAGACCUUUGAAGACAGUGUGGUACGUACAGACAGACCUUUGAAGACAGUGUGGUACGUACAGACAGACAGACAGACCUUUGAAGACAGUGUGGUACGUACAGACAGACAGACAGACCUUUGAAGACAGUGUGGUACGUACAGAAAGACAGACAGACCUUUGAAGACAGUGUGGUACGUACAGACAGACCUUUGAAGACAGUGUGGUACGUACAGACAGACAGACCUUUGAAGACAGUGUUGUACGUACAGACAGACAGACCUUUGAAGACAGUGUGGUACGUACAGACAGACAGACCUUUCAAGACAGUGUGGUACGUACAGACAGACAGACCUUUCAAGACAGUGUGGUACGUACAGACAGACAGACACCUUUCAAGACAGUGUGGUACGUACAGACAGACCUUUUCAAGACAGUGUGGUACGUACAGACAGACAGACCUUUUCAAGACAGUGUGGUACGUGCAGACAGACAGACAGACCUUUCAAGACAGUGUGGUACGUACAGACAGACAGACAGACCUUUCAAGAUAGUGUGGUACGUACAGACAGACCUUUGAAGACAGUGUGGUACGUACAGACAGACAGACCUUUUCAAGACAGUGUGGUACGUACAGACAGACAGACCUUUCAAGACAGUGUGGUACGUACAGACAGACAGACAGACCUUUCAAGACAGUGUGGUACGUACAGACAGACAGACCUUUUCAAGACAGUGUGGUACGUACAGACAGUCAGACCUUUGAAGACAGUGUGGUACGUACAGACAGACAGACCUUUGAAGACAGUGUGGUACGUACAGACAGACAGACCUUUGAAGACAGUGUGGUACGUACAGACAGACAAACCUUUGAAGACAGUGUGGUACGUACAGACAGACAGACAGACCUUUGAAGACAGUGUGGUACGUACAGACAGACAGACAGACCUUUGAAGACAGUGUGGUACGUACAGACAGACCUUUGAAGACAGUGUGGUACGUACAGACAGACCUUUUCAAGACAGGAUGGUACGUACAGACAGACAGACCUUUCAAGACAGUGUGGUACUUACAGACAGACAGACCUUUGAAGACAGUGUGGUACGUACAGACAGACAGACCUUUUCAAGACAGUGUUGUACGUACAGACAGACAGACCUUUGAAGACAGUGUGGUACGUACAGACAGACAGACCUUUCAAGACAGUGUGGUACUUACAGACAGACAGACAGACAGACCUUUGAAGACAGUGUGGUACGUACAGACAGACAGACCUUUUCAAGACAGUGUGGUACGUACAGACAGACAGACCUUUCAAGACAGUGUGGUACUUACAGACAGACAGACCUUUGAAGACAGUGUGGUACGUACAGACAGACAGACAGACCUUUGAAGACAGUGUGGGACAGACAGACAGACCUUUGAAGACAGUGUGGUACGUACAGACAGACAGACCUUUGAAGACAGUGUGGUAUGUACAGACACAGACCUUUUCAAGACAGUGUGGUACGUACAGACAGACAGACCUUUGAAGACAGUGUGGUACGUACAGACAGACAGACCUUUUCAAGACAGUGUGGUACGUACAGACAGAGAGACCUUUUCAAGACAGUGUGGUACGUACAGACAGACAGACCUUUCAACACAGUGUGGUACGUACAGACAGACCUUUCAACACAGUGUGGUACGUACAGACAGACCUUUCAAGACAGUGUGGUACGUACAGACAGACCUUUCAAGACAGUGUGGUACGUACAGACAGACAGACCUUUUCAAGACAGUGUGGUACGUACAGACAGACAGACCUUUUCAAGUCAGUGUGGUACGUACAGACAGACAGACCUUUCAAGACAGUGUGGUACGUACAGACAGACCUUUCAACACAGUGUGGUACGUACAGACAGACAGACCUUUCAAGACAGUGUGGUACGUACAGACAGACCUUUCAAGACAGUGUGGUACGUACAGACAGACAGACCUUUUCAAGACAGUGUGGUACGUACAGACAGACAGACCUUUGAACACAGUGUGGUACGUACAGACAGACAGACCUUUCAACACAGUGUGGUACGUACAGACAGACCUUUCAACACAGUGUGGUACGUACAGACAGACCUUUCAAGACAGUGUGGUACGUACAGACAGACAUUUCAACACAGUGUGGUACGUACAGACAGACAGACCUUUCAAGACAGUGUGGUACGUACAGACAGACCUUUCAAGACAGUGUGGUACGUACAGACAGACAGACCUUUUCAAGACAGUGUGGUACGUACAGACAGACAGACCUUUGAACACAGUGUGGUACGUACAGACAGACAGACCUUUUCAAGACAGUGUGGUACGUACAGACAGACCUUUCAAGACAGUGUGGUACGUACAGACAGACAGACCUUUUCAAGACAGUGUGGUACGUACAGACAGACAGACCUUUUCAAGACAGUGUGGUACGUACAGACAGACAGACCUUUGAAGACAGUGUGGUACGUACAGACAGACAGACCUUUCAACACAGUGUGGUACGUACAGACAGACAGACCUUUCAACACAGUGUGGUACGUACAGACAGACCUUUCAAGACAGUGUGGUACGUACAGACAGACCUUUCAAGACAGUGUGGUACGUACAGACAGACAGACCUUUUCAAGACAGUGUGGUACGUACAGACAGACAGACCUUUUCAAGUCAGUGUGGUACGUACAGACAGACAGACCUUUCAAGACAGUGUGGUACGUACAGACAGACCUUUCAACACAGUGUGGUACGUACAGACAGACAGACCUUUCAAGACAGUGUGGUACGUACAGACAGACCUUUCAAGACAGUGUGGUACGUACAGACAGACAGACCUUUUCAAGACAGUGUGGUACGUACAGACAGACAGACCUUUGAACACAGUGUGGUACGUACAGACAGACAGACCUUUCAACACAGUGUGGUACGUACAGACAGACCUUUCAACACAGUGUGGUACGUACAGACAGACCUUUCAAGACAGUGUGGUACGUACAGACAGACCUUUCAACACAGUGUGGUACGUACAGACAGACAGACCUUUCAAGACAGUGUGGUACGUACAGACAGACCUUUCAAGACAGUGUGGUACGUACAGACAGACAGACCUUUUCAAGACAGUGUGGUACGUACAGACAGACAGACCUUUGAACACAGUGUGGUACGUACAGACAGACAGACCUUUUCAAGACAGUGUGGUACGUACAGACAGACCUUUCAAGACAGUGUGGUACGUACAGACAGACAGACCUUUUCAAGACAGUGUGGUACGUACAGACAGACAGACCUUUUCAAGACAGUGUGGUACGUACAGACAGACAGACCUUUGAAGACAGUGUGGUACGUACAGACAGACAGACAGACCUUUUAAGACAAACCAUGGCCCAUAUUAGAACUGGGACGAUAAACUGAAAAUGAUGGACACCGACCACUUAUCGAAGGCAUUUUACUGAUAUCGUUAACUAUAGGAUAGAAAUGUGAAGUUUGAAGUCUGUUCGUUUGGACAACAGUGUGGUACGUACAGACAGACAGACCUUUUCAAGACAGUGUGGUACGUACAGACAGACAGACCUUUCAAGACAGUGUGGUACGUACAGACAGACCUUUUCAAGACAGUGUGGUACGUACAGACAGACAGACCUUUGAAGACAGUGUGGUACGUACAGACAGACAGACCUUUCAAGACAGUGUGGUACGUACAGACAGACAGACCUUUUCAAGACAGUGUGGUACGUACAGACAGACCUUUCAAGACAGUGUGGUACGUACAGACAGACCUUUCAACACAGUGUGGUACGUACAGACAGACCUUUCAAGACAGUGUGGUACAGACAGACCUUUCAAGACAGUGUGGUACGUACAGACAGAAAUACCUUUCAAGACAGUGUGGUACGUAUAGACAGACCUUUCAAGACAGUGUGGUACGUACAGACAGACAGACCUUUUCAAGACAGUGUGGUACGUACAGACAGACAGACCUUUUCAAGACAGUGUGGUACGUACAGACAGACCUUUCAACACAGUGUGGUACGUAUAGACAGACCUUUCAAGACAGUGUGGUACGUACAGACAGACAGACCUUUUCAAGACAGUGUGGUACGUACAGACAGACAGACCUUUUCAAGACAGUGUGGUACGUACAGACAGACCUUUUCAAGACAGUGUGGUACGUACAGACAGACAGACCUUUCAAGACAGUGUGGUACGUACAGACAGACAGACCUUUUCAAGACAGUGUGGUACAUACAGACAGACAGACCUUUUCAAGACAGUGUGGUACGUACAGACAGACAGACAGACCUUUUCAAGACAGUGUGGUACGUACAGACAGACAGACAGACCUUUCAAGACAGUGUGGUACGUACAGACAGACAGACAAACCUUUCAAGACAGUGUGGUACGUACAGACAGACAGACCUUUCAAGACAGUGUGGUACGUAUAGACAGACAGACCUUUUCAAGACAGUGUGGUACGUACAGACAGACAGACCUUUCAAGACAGUGUGGUACGUACAGACAGACCUUUCUUACACAGUGUGGUACGUACAGACAGACCUUUCAACACAGUGUGGUACGUACAGACAGACAGACCUUUUCAAGACAGUGUGGUACGUACAGACAGACAGACCUUUCAAGACAGUGUGGUACGUACAGACAGACCUUUCUUACACAGUGUGGUACGUACAGACAGACCUUUCAACACAGUGUGGUACGUACAGACAGACAGACCUUUCAAGACAGUGUGGUACGUACAGACAGACAGACCUUUUCAAGACAGUGUGGUACGUACAGACAGACAGACCUUUUCAAGACAGUGUGGUACGUACAGACAGACAGACCUUUUCAAGACAGUGUGGUACGUACAGACAGACAGACCUUUUCAAGACAGUGUGGUACGUACAGACAGACAGACCUUUUCAAGACAGUGUGGUACGUACAGACAGACAGACCUUUUCAAGACAGUGUGGUACGUACAGACAGACAGACCUUUGAAGACAAACUAUGGCCCAUAGUAGAUCUGGGACGAUAAACUGAAAAUGAUGGACACCGACCACUUAUCGAAGGCAUUUUACUGAUAUCGUUAACUAUAGGAUAGAAAUGUGAAGUUUUGAAAUGAGUCUGUUUAGUUUGGACAAUUUUAACAGCUGCAACAUUCAAAGUAGCAGUUCAGUACCUAAGUAACUGAGGUGCACAUUAAACAGAUGUCUCGUUCUAUUCAUCACUGUGUUAAAUCAGUCAAUUUAUCGUGCUGUGGAUUCUCUUCCUUAUUGCCCAGCUCUAGCCCAUAGUCAUAAAGUGUCUGGGGGGGGGGGGGGGGGGGGGCUGAUGUUAGAUCAGCAGUCCUAGUCUGAGACGCUUUAUGAACACCGUUCUUAGCCAGACCGUUUUAUGAUAAUAAACCUCUUCAUUUCUUCUUCCUCUCAGGCUGGAUGGCAAGCAUGUUGUGUUUGGCAGUGUGACCGAGGGACUGGACGUGAUCAGGAAAGUGGAGUCGUUCGGAUCCCGUUCUGGGCGCACCUCCAAGAGGAUCACCGUCGCAGACUGUGGAGAGCUUAAGUAGCCUUUUCGAGCGUCCCAAAUGGCACCCUAUUCCCUAUAUAUGGGGCUCU